GGGCUUGAGGGCUCGGACCUGCUACCUCCCGCGCGAUCUCGGGCCCGACCCGGCGCUGCGGCCCCAGCUCGCUCCCCUCCUGCUUCCUCCCCGGCCGCUGCCUGGGCGGAGGCGGAGGCGGAGGCCCGGGCUGGCCGCCCUGCUCGUGCCCCGGCUCGGCCCCGGACGGCCCGGCUGCUGUGCGGAGAGGAGGCCGAGUCGGAAAGGGAGAUCGUGCCUCAUCCCAAAGCAUCCAACCUGGGAGUCGGUGUGUCUUCAUCCCAUUUCCAUGGAUGGGGUCGAGGUUCGAUUGUAGAAAGUAGUGCAACUGGUAGUGAAAAGAAAAUACUGAAGAAUAGGAUCUCAAGAUGAGUAAAAAGCCCCCAAAUCGUCCUGGAAUCACUUUUGAGAUUGGUGCUCGUUUGGAGGCACUGGACUACUUACAAAAAUGGUAUCCAUCACGAAUUGAAAAAAUCGACUAUGAGGAGGGCAAGAUGUUGGUCCAUUUUGAGCGUUGGAGUCAUCGUUAUGAUGAAUGGAUUUACUGGGAUAGCAAUAGGUUGCGACCCUUGGAGAGACCUGCGUUAAGAAAAGAAGGGCUAAAAGAUGAGGAAGAUUUCUUUGAUUUCAAAGCUGGAGAAGAAGUUCUGGCUCGCUGGACAGAUUGUCGCUAUUACCCUGCCAAGAUUGAAGCAAUUAACAAGGAAGGAACAUUCACAGUUCAGUUUUAUGAUGGAGUAAUUCGUUGUUUAAAAAGAAUGCACAUUAAGGCCAUGCCCGAGGAUGCUAAGGGGCAGGUGAAAUCCCAGCAUCCACUAAGCUGGUGUUGUCCUAUCGACCCAGCUGGAUCGUGUAACCAGUCUAUGGGAAGUGAGGAUUGGAUAGCUUUAGUCAAAGCAGCUGCUGCAGCUGCAGCCAAGAAUAAAACAGGGAACAAGCCUCGCACCAGCGCCAACAGCAAUAAAGAGAAAGAGAAAGAUGAGAGGAAAUGGUUUAAAGUACCUUCAAAGAAGGAAGAGACUUCAACUUCUAUAGCUUCUGCAGAAGUUGAGAAGAAGGAAGAUCUGCCCACAUCUAGUGAAACAUUUGGACUUCAUGUAGAGAACGUUCCAAAGAUGGUCUUUCCACAGCCAGAGAGCACAUUAUCAAACAAGAGGAAAAAUAAUCAAGGCAACUCAUUUCAGGCAAAGAGAGCUCGACUUAACAAGAUUACUGGUUUGUUGGCAUCCAAAGCUGUUGGGGUGGAUGGUGCUGACAGAAAGGAAGACCGCAGUGAAACAGCUCCAAUGCUGGAGCAGGCGAUUUCACCUAAACCUCAAAGUCAGAAAAAAAAUGAAGCUGACAUUAGCAGUUCUGCCAACACUCAGAAACCUGCACUGUUAUCCUCAACUUUGUCUUCAGGGAAGGCUCGCAGCAAGAAAUGCAAACAUGAAUCUGGAGAUUCUUCUGGGUGUAUAAAACCCCCUAAAUCACCACUUUCCCCAGAAUUAAUACAAGUCGAGGAUUUGACGCUUGUAUCUCAGCUUUCUUCUUCAGUGAUAAAUAAAACUAGUUCUCCACAGCCUGUGAACCCCCCUAGACCUUUCAAGCAUAGUGAGCGGAGAAGAAGAUCUCAACGUUUAGCCACCUUGCCCAUGCCUGAUGAUUCCGUAGAAAAGGUUUCUCCUCCCUCUCCAGCUACUGAUGGGAAAGUAUUCUCCAUCAGUUCUCAAAAUCCGCAAGAGUCUUCAGUGCCAGAGGUGCCUGAUGUUACACAUUUGUCACUUGAGAAGCUGGGGCCUUGUCUCCCUCUUGAUUUAAGUCGUGGUUCAGAAGUAUCAGCACCGCUAGCCCCAGAUCCCGCUUACCAUAAUGAAUGUCCCAGGGCAGAAAAGGAAGACACACAGAUGCUUACAAAUCCUUCUUCCAAAGCAAUAGCUGAUGGAAGAGGAGCUCCAACAGCAUCAGGAAUAUCGAAAACAGAAAAAAAAGUGAAAUUGGAAGAAAAAAGCUCAACAGCAUUUGGUAAGAGAAAAGAAAAGGAUAAGGAAAGAAAAGAGAAGAAAGACAAAGAUCACUACAAACCAAAACAGAAGAAGAAAAAGAAAAAGAAAAAGAAAUCCAAGCAGCAUGACUAUUCAGACUAUGAAGACAGUUCUCUAGAAUUUCUGGAAAGGUGCUCUUCUCCACUAACUCGAUCUUCUGGGAGUUCUCUGGCUCUGCGAAGCAUGUUUACGGAGAAAAAUACAACAUAUCAGUACCCAAGGGCAAUUUUGUCAGUUGAUCUUAGUGGUGAAAACUUAUCAGAUGUGGAAUUCCUAGAUGAUUCUUCAACAGAGAGUUUGCUCCUAAGUGGGGAUGAGUACAAUCAGGACUUUGAUUCAACCAAUUUUGAGGAAUCUCAGGAUGAAGACGAUGCUCUUAAUGAGAUUGUGCGAUGUAUUUGUGAAAUGGAUGAGGAGAACGGCUUCAUGAUCCAGUGUGAAGAGUGCCUAUGCUGGCAGCACAGCGUGUGCAUGGGGCUGCUGGAGGAGAGCAUCCCCGAGCAGUACAUCUGCUACGUCUGCAGGGACCCUCCUGGUCAGAGGUGGAGUGCAAAAUAUCGUUACGAUAAGGAUUGGUUGGAUAAUGGGAGAAUGUGUGGGUUAUCGUUUUUAAAAGAAAAUUACUCUCAUCUCAAUGCCAAAAAGAUAGUUUCCACACAUCACCUGCUUGCUGACGUCUAUGGUGUCACGGAAGUCCUGCAUGGGCUACAGCUGAAGAUCGGCAUACUCAAGAAUAAACACCAUCCUGACCUUCAUCUCUGGGCUUGUUCUGGGAAGCGAAAAGAUCAAGAUCAAGGAAUUGCUGGGGCAGAGAAAAAAGUAGCAGUGCAAGACAAAGUUAAUGUAGAGGAAAAGAAACACCACGUACAGAACCAUAAAGAACCACCUCGUUUGCCCCUAAAAAUGGAAGGAACUUAUAUAACAAGUGAGCACAGUUACCAAAAGCCACAAAGUUUUGGUCAAGACUGCAAAUCUCUCGCAGACCCUGGAAGCUCAGAUGAUGAUGAUGUUAGUAGUUUUGAAGAAGAACAAGAAUUCCACAUGAAAGAUAAAAACCCUUCCCAAUACUCACUGAAAGAAGAUGGAAUGCCUGAAAAGAAUCCAGCUGAAAGGAAUACGGUAUUUAUUUAUAAUGAUAAAAAGGGCACUGAAGACCCAGGAGACUCACAUCUUCAGUGGCAGCUCAAUCUCCUUACACACAUAGAGAAUGUGCAGAAUGAAGUUACCAGCAGGAUGGACCUAAUAGAAAAAGAAGUUGAUGUUCUGGAAAGCUGGCUUGAUUUCACGGGGGAGUUGGAGCCACCUGACCCUCUCGCAAGACUGCCCCAACUUAAACGCCAUAUCAAACAGCUCCUAAUUGACAUGGGCAAAGUACAACAAAUAGCAACGCUUUGCUCCGUAUGACAACAGUGAAAACCUAAUGAAAAAGAAUGUGGGUCUCUUCAGUCAAUAAUUUUUUAUUGUCCACGUGACUGCUAAGUGGAUAGUAAAAAAGCUAGUGAUGUUUGGUCAUUUACUGAUUUGUGACAUCAAUAGGAUAGCACCUUGAAAAGGAAAAUGAACAACUUUAUCAAGGAAGCUAAUAUUAGAAAAAGCUUUAUGAGCAAGCUACAAAUGAUAAUGUGUAAUAUGCCAGGGAUCAAUGAAGUUGAAUAUAAUUUAUACCAAGGAAAUCGAGUUGGCAGGAUUUUUGAAUAGUUGCUUUAUGUGAAGUUUGAAGUACGUGUAGAGAGAAAUAUGGUGUGUUUAUAUAAUUUUUAGUAGAAAGAUCCAUGUAAUAAACCAGCAUUUGGCCAAAAGCCAAACUGUAGAGGAGAGGAAAUUCUGGAGAGUUCUGUAAGGUUGCUGUACGAACUAUCUUCUCUGCAGUUGAUCCAGCUGCUCUGAAGCUUAGAGUAUUUAAACUUUUACGGGAUCAUGAGCUGUUUCUUAGGUGAUGAAUGUCUUUAAUCAGAAAACUGACAGUGUAAGCCUCACUUCUGAGGAAAACAGUGGUGGAAUUCUGACUUCAUUAUGAUUAUAUAUUUUUAAAAUGCCAAAUAAUUGGAAUUUCUAAGAUGCAGGCAUUAAGCCCAUUAUAAACAAUGGCUUAUAGAAGGGUCAGUGUGCCAAAUGACGAUGACACUGCUGGAGAGAGAAUGUUAAAUGUCAUGGGGGUUCCACCUCCAGGACUGACUUAGGCCAUCAGCCCAUCAGAAACAUAAAGUCAUGUGCACUAUAUAUGUACCAUAUAUAGUUGAGUUCAGGACUCAGGCAUCAGCAUACAGUCUGAUCCUGAGUAUGCUUGGUGUUUGCCUUCAGAUAAAAAUUGUAAAUAACCUCAGCUGGGAUGAGGAGUGACAAAAAUGUCAAAAUAAUUUGUGGCUGUGGAUUUUUUUUAACUGCUGGUAGUGGAAUACUGGAAAAGCUUCAUUUCUGAAGAUAAAUUUUAUUUUUAAAAAAUACAUGCGCACUCAAAACUUGUAGCUUUGAUCACACAUGGACAAAUUUCUGAAACCAAAGGCAACUAAGUUGCUGAGUUAGCUCUUGCUGGAUUUUGGGCCCAGGUCCUCCUGCCUGCCAGUGCUCCUGUGAGCUGUGUGCUGCCGCCAUGCUCCAUACGCACGUAUGCGGAAGCGUGUGUGCUUGUUUGAAACAAACACUCAACGUACAUAUGUACAUAACCUACACAUAUUUAUAUCUGCACAUAUCUAGUUUUAUUACUAUAGACUAUAAGAGUUGGUGGUUAACAUGAAAUGUUACCUUUUAACAGACUGUUUUUAAAAAUUAAAAACGUAUGUACAGGUUUUGAAACUUUUUUAAAAAGGGGUAAAAGACUGUUCAGAGGAGGCUAUUUGAUGAUUAUAACACUUGAAUAUUUUAUGCCUCAUUCUGUUUAUCAGUUCUAGUGAUCUGUGUAAAUGCAUUUUAGAACUGAUACACAGUAAACUUGAAUUUAUCUUUGAUAAGAAUACAUGCCACUGUACAUUCAGAUAUUAUUUAAAUUUGCAAACACACUGUUCUAUAUGUAAGGUACUGUAUGUAAAACUCUUUAUUAAAACUAUUCCGCAUAUCCUAAAAUUUCAGCUUGCCUUUUUGCGGCCUUAUAUUUUGACGUAAAGACCAUUAAAAGAAUGUGCAAAACCGUCA